GUCAAUUUUACCUUCCCCUUUGAGAGAAAUCGCUCUUCUUUGUAAGACUUGGUUUCGAUCUUCUCUUUUUCAUCAUCAAUCGAUCAAAACAAACAGCAACAGCAAAAUUAUCUUUCUGCAGAUCGAAACCCUAAUUGGUUUCUCCGUUCUCCUUUUGUUCUUCUAGAAUCGGCGACUCUUACUUUUUUUUCUUUCUAAUUAUCCUUUUCUGAUGGAUUCUGGAAUCCAUGUAAUUCCCCAUUAGCGCUAAAAACCCUAGCUGUCGAAGACCUUAGAUUACUGCAGAAAUGUUAUAAUCUGUUUUCAUCUUUUCCCGAUUUGAGGUUUUUAUUUAUUUUGGUUGGGUGAGAGAAUCCGAUACGAGAGAUUAAAGCCUUGUGAGUUUAGGAUGAGCUAGUUUUCUUUGGCUUUGAGCUGUAAUUUCUCUUCUCUGAAAUCUUUCACUGUACAUAUAGCUAGAUCCUGAUGAAGUUGCGUGGUGGUGAAUCGUGGUUUAAGUUUUGCUAGUUGAGAUAUUAUUGGUGGUUACUGUAAUAUCGAAGAAUCAUAUUUCACGGUAUUUACUAUAGACAACUACUGUAGAGUUACUUGAUUAAGGCGUUAAGAAGAGAUACUGGUGUUUUUUGGCCUCAAUCAGCUAAGAUUUUUGUGCAUUGUAUGAUGAGUAUAGCAAAUGAACAACAAUUUGCCAUGGAUCAACUUGUCGAAACCAAUGAUGAUUCGGAAAAGAAACCAAGAAUUACAUACACGAGGAAGUUUCUUAUAUCCUUGAGCGAGAAAGACGUUUGCAAGAAGCUGCCAAAUCUGCCUGGUGAAUUUGAUGAAGCACUGUUGCUUGACUUCGAAGAUCCUUCACCCGAGCGAGCAAGAAUUUCAGGCGAUUUUUCGUCGCAUGGUUUCAGGCGGAAUGACUAUAGUUCAUCGCCUCCCACCAGGGGGGAAUUAGGUACUAACUCUCGAGGCACCCAUGGAAGAUGGGAAGGGCGCUCUGGUGGAUGGAAUGAUAAAGAUAGUGAUUCACAGUCAGACCGGGACUCAGGAGAGCCUGGAAGGCGUUCUGGUAUGCCAUCUCGGAGGUCUUGGCAAGCACCUGAGCAUGAUGGACUUCUUGGGAAAGGUUCUUUCCCUAAGCCUUCUGGAUUUGGUGCGGGAACAUCUGCCCCUAGACCUCAAUCUAAUGACUCACAUCAGCUGAGUAGAACCAAUGAACCUUACCAUCCUCCUCGCCCAUACAAGGCGCCACCUUUCACUAGACGUGACGCUAGAGAUUCAUUCAAUGAUGAAACAUUUGGUUCUUCUGAUUCUACUAGUGAAGAUAGAGCAGAAGAAGAAAGAAAAAGAAGAGCUUCUUUUGAGUUGUUGAGGAAGGAACAUCAAAAAGCAUUCCAGGAGAGACAAAAAUCAAACCCAGACUUACGCAAAAACGACUUUGAUUUUACUGAACUUCUUGGGGAGUCCAAAGAUGAUAAAGGGCGUCCAAGUAGAAGUGAUGAAGUCAAUCACGCUCCAACAAUUCCUGGUUCUAGUAACACCUCUUUGCCUUCUCAAAGUAAUGCACCCAGACCGCUUGUACCUCCUGGUUUUGCAAGCACAAUUUUGGAAAAAAAGCAAGGGGAAAAACCUCAAACUGAAACUUCUCAAUAUGAGCGGAGUCCUUUAAAUUCCAAAGGCAUUAAUGUGGUGAAUGGAACAUCAGUUAAUAAUGGGGGAAAACCGUUGGGAAUUAAGAUAGGUUCAAGUGAGAUGCUAAUAGAAGGUGAAGAUGUUCGUGUCUCCUCCACUGAUGCAAAUGAACGGGCUGUUAAUAUCUCUUCACUUCUAGGAAUAUCUACAGAUACAGUUAAUAAGGAUAAAAGUUUUGAAAAGCUUUCCUCGAUCUCGACUCCUACUGAAAUUCAGGGGUAUCCUAUAAAAAGUGAGAAAGCUACAAUGACGCUGGGCAAGAAGAAAAGCUUGGAGCAUUCAGAUGGGCCAUCAAUUCUGGAUAAGAUAUUCAACACGGCUAUAAAUUUGAAUAGUGGUGACUCCUCUAAUAUGAAUAAGAAAAAUGUCGAAAAAGUAGAAGAAAUACGAAGCCCUCAGACCAUUAAUAAAUCCUCCAAGUUCGCUCAUCUAUUUCUUGAAGAAGAUAACAAACCAGUCGAAGUUCUCCCAUCCAGCGAGCCACCAAGAGGCUUACUGUCACUACUUCAAGGUGCAGAUAAAUUGCAAACAUUUGACACAAAAGCAAAUCCCGACCUUUCAACGGAUUUUCCUUUUCAAGGCCAUGCCACUAAAAGAACUGAUCAGUUAAGCAGCACUUCCACAACUAAAUCAGUAACAGCUGUUCCACCUGUUCUCACUUGUGAAGACCUUGAGCAGUCUAUUCUGUCAGAAGUCGGUGACAGCUAUCAUCCACCUCCACCGCCAGUUGACCAAGACACGAGUGUUCCUUCAGUAAAAAUGACCAAACAACGGAAAACAUCUGUUGAUGACCAGGCUUCGCAGCACCUUCUUUCUUUAUUACAGAGAAGUUCAGACCCAAAAAGUCAAGAUACGCAGCUACUUUCAGCUACAGAGAGGAGACCACCACCACCAUCUAUGAAAACAACUACACCACCACCAUCUGUGAAAUCAACUACAGCUGGAGAAGCAGAUCCAGGGAAGUCUUUGACUCUUGAGAAUUUAUUUGGGAGUGCCUUCAUGAACGAACUGCAGUCGAUUGGAGAACCUGUCUCUGGAAGAGCUAUGGUUUCUGAUGCUCCAGGGGUCCCGCUUCGAUCAGAAAGGUCAAUUGGUGAACUGAGCCAAAGAAACCAAAUCAGACCUGACGGUCCCCCCGGAGGGGUACUAGCCCUUCCAGAAGAUGGUAACUUACUUGCAGUUGGCGGUCAUGCAAACCCAUCAAAAUACAUGUCUUUUCCAGGAUCUCAUAAUCAAGAGCCUGAAGUAGCUUUCAACAUCUCUGACAAGUUAGCUGCCUUGAACUCUGGUCCAAGGAACGAAAGACCAACAAUGGGUGGUCAAGAUGGUCUUUUUCUCCACCAACAUCCCCAACAAUACGUGACCAACCCCUCGUCUCACUUGAAUGGUUCAGGCCCAGUAUUCCAUCCGUUCGAUUCACAACAUGCUCAUGUAAAACCUCAGCUCGAUUUCAUGGGACCAGGAAGCACUAUGUCUCAACAUCAUGACCCUCCACCAAAUCACCGGUUUCCACCAAACAUGAUUCACCGUCCACCUUUCCAUCAUACACCAACCAGUGGACAUCCCGAGUUUGAUCGUCUUCCUCCACAUAUGAUGCAGAAGAUGCAUAUGCAAGACAACCUGCAACAUCAUCAUCUAAUGCAAGGAUUCCCCGGUAGUGGUCCACAACCCCAUCACUCUCCUCAUGUAAACAACCAGAUGCCGGGUCUCAUUCCUGAGUUAAACCCGUCACAAGGCUUUCCCUUUGCCCAUCGCCAGCCCAACUACGGUAUGCCACCACCAGGUUCUCAAGUCAACAGAGGAGAGCAUCCAGCUUCACUGCAGACACUCUUGGGGAUUCAGCAGAGGAUGGACCCAGCCAAACAGAUACCGGCAGUGGGUCAAGCCGGUGGUCCUAAUCGUCAAGGCUCUGUGGGUCAUGAACUCGACCUUGGGUUUGGCUACAGGUAACUUUGCUCUGGCCACAAUCCUUUUUAACACCCUAAGAGGUGUGUCUACCUAACAGUGAGUUGCUUUGUGAUGUGCAAGUAAUCAAAAUUACCAUUUGUGAUAUUUUUUUUAAGAACAAAAAAAAAAAGAAAAAAAAAAUAUAUACUUUGUCUCUAUGGACUCUCGUUUCUCUUGGUGCUUGUGAUAUGGGGAUGCUUUUAAUUAACAGUAGUUGAUUUUCUUCUAUGAACGCUGGAGUCCCUGGUAUUUGCAUAUUCUAUUUUAGGCUUUUUGGUUUUUUGAAACCAGAGUUCAAGUCUGAAGGGGUCUCUGUCGAAAGGUAACACAGAUGGCGUGUGGUAACAAAGUUAACAAAAUCUUGCAAUUUUGCAUCGGCCCAUAAAGCCCAACAAAUAUUUAGCCUAACGUGUCGUCUUCUUUCUUUAAACGCCGGGAUCCGUAAACCCUACGUUAGUCCAUCUGUAUCAAUGAAAAGCAAGAGAAAGCCGACGAAGAAGAAGAAGACGCCGACGCCGCAAUGAACAUUAAUUCCGUCGCUUCCUAUACUGAAAACACCAGAGCUUUGCAAGUUCAGGUCACUCUUGGGACACACGGAGAGUUGUCUUUAUGUUUGCUUCAAACUGAGAGCUUAUGAGAACCAUAGCUGAUUCACCCUCUGCCGGAAACCUGAUCAAACCCUAACCAAUGAUGAGGUUGAGUGGAAAGUUGUGAAAUUAGGGGGAAAGUUGAGUGGUUUGAUCAUGUGCUUACAGUCCCUAGACAUUGUAAUUUUGUGAAUGCUCUUGCUGCUACUGU